GUCUGUGGUAGUGUUUUUCUUCGUUGUUCAUCGUUGGUCAUUCGUAUUUUUCUAGUUUUUUUUCAAUUUUACUAAUAAUUACAUAUUUAACCAUGAUGCUUUCAUGAUAUCUAAAUUAUUUUACAAUUUGUUAGUUAGUAAAUUAAUAAAAAACUGUCUUCUGUAACAGUUAGCAGCCAUGUCGGACAGAAAUCCAGGUCCUGUUCCGAGUCGAUGGUUAAAAUGUCCACGGAAAGCCACGGGUCUAUUUGUAGACCAAUUCCUAGCGUUUAAAACUCCUUUAGAUUCACGUUACAAUGAUCAGGUCCAGGAUAUAUACCGUUUUACGCCUACUAUGUUAUUCGAUAGUGUAAAAAGUUACAAGAGAAAGCUCGGCUUAUGGAUCGACCUGACAAACACUUCUCGGUUCUAUGAUAAAGCGGACAUAAAAAAGAGAGAUUGUAAAUAUGUUAAAUUGCAAUGUCGCGGCCAUGGCGAAACUCCAUCGAAAGAACAGACACAAAAAUUUAUAAGUGAAGUCAUUAAUUUUAUACAUACGAAACCAGAUGAUAUAAUUGGUGUGCACUGUACCCAUGGUUUCAAUAGAACUGGAUUCCUCAUAGUCUCCUAUAUGAUUGAACAACUGGACUUCAGUUUAGAGGCUGCUCUCAUGGAAUUUGCUAACAAAAGAUCACCAGGUAUUUACAAACAGGACUACAUAGAAGAGUUGUACAGACGCUACUAUAAUGACACUAAGGACAUGAUGCCUGCGCCUGAACGACCAGAAUGGUGCAAUGAAGAAGAGGUGGACUAUGAUGACGAUGAUGUUUCUCCAAGUAUUUCUCAGAGUGUUCAGCAUUCUAAUGGUCACAGCAGGAAGAAACGACGUAUCCAAAACAAAGAGUUCAUGGCAGGGGUCGGGGGCGUGGAACUGUUCGAGGUCGAGCCCCGGGCUACUGAAGUGCAGAAGAAGGUGAAGGAGUUCUGCAAGUGGAACAAAAAGGACUUCCCUGGAUCGCAACCCGUUUCCAUGGAUAUGAAAAACAUUGGAUUUUUACAUGAAAAACCUUACAGAGUGUCUUGGAAAGCUGACGGCGUCAGGUACAUGAUGUUGAUCGACGGGCGGGACGAAGUGUACAUGAUCGACCGAGACAACAGCGUGUUCAAGGUGCACAACCUGCAGUUCCUGCACAACAAACGGCAGGAACACCUCUCUAAUACUCUGCUUGAUGGUGAGCUGGUGAUGGACCGCGUGAACGGCGUGGAGAAGCCGCGCUACCUGUGCUACGACAUCGUGCGCUUCGACAACAUGACGGUGGGCAGGGAGCCCUUCCACCCCGUGCGGUACAGCUGUAUAGAGAAAGAAAUUAUUAACCCUAGGAAUAGAGCUAUAGAAGAGAGAAGAAUUAUCAAAGAGAGAGAGCCUUUUGGGGUGAUAUUGAAAGGCUUCUGGGACGUGACAAUGGCAGGCCCACUGUUGGGAGAGAAAUUCGCAAGGACCCUGCACCAUGAACCCGAUGGAUUAAUAUUUCAACCUUCUAAAGAGCCAUACACACCGGGCGCGUGCGAGGAUGUGCUGAAGUGGAAGCCCGGACACAUGAACAGCGUGGACUUCAAACUGGAAAUUGUCAUCGACAACAGACCAGGGAUGGUGGCGAAGAAGAUCGGCCGGCUGUGGGUGGGCGGGCAGACGGCGCCGUACGCCACCAUGCGCGUCACCAAAGCGAUCCGCGACCUCAACAACAAGAUCAUCGAGUGCAAGUACGAGAACAACGAGUGGGUGUUCAUGCGCGAGCGGACUGACAAGUCCUUCCCCAACAGCUUCAACACUGCCGAAGCUGUUUUUAAAAGCAUAAAGAAUCCUGUGACGCAAGAGAUCCUGCUGGACUACAUAGAGCACCAUAGAUACAGGGACGACUCCGAUCUGAUGCCGCCUCCGGCUUCGAAACGUGCACGCAUGUAGGGUAUAGGUAGCUAAAUAAUAUUAUUUCUCAUGUAUAAUAUUUAAGUUAUAAACUCAGAUUAAAUACAUAGGGACCUGCCUCACUAAACGUUACCCCUCAAAGAAUAAGAUCAACGAUCCAACGCGCUUUCUAUAAACUUUCUCUAAAGAUUAUUUCGUUGUUGUAAUCGUUUUCGUUGCGUAAAGAGCUGUAAAAAUGCCGAUUGUGUAGUUGAGUGUAAAAAACUGUUAACAACUUCUAGUUUACUUAAUGAAUGAAGAUGAAGUUACGUUUAAUUUCUAGCUUAUUUAUAUCAUUAUUAUCAACCCAUAUUCGACUCACUAUUGAGCUGGAGUCUCCUUGCAGAAUGAGAGGGGUUAGGCCAAUAGUCCACCACGCUGGCCAAUGCGGAUUGGCAGACUUUACAUACGCAGAGAAUUGAAAAAA